AUGAAGCAGUCCCGUCAAAAGAAGCGUCUAUCACAGAAACCAACGAAAUGGGGAAACGACUGCUCGGUAUUGUACUCGAGUCUUGCUUCUAAGAUACUAAACCACCACACAUCACUCUCAUACAUCUUCGACUCCAUGCACACCCAACAAAACGCUAGCUACGCGGAAAUACGGGAAGUGGAGAGUUGGGGUUGUUUGCAUAUUGUCGAAGUUGAGAGUCAUAUGAACAACCUGCGAGGGGUCGGGCUUACUCAGGCUGCCACUCAUUACAUUUGUAGCUCUGCUGCCUCAUGUGCUCGGAAAUUUUUCUGA